AUGCCAGGAAAUGAAAUCGGUGGGGGCAGAUUUGGCACUCAUCCGAAACAGGGCACCGUUGUGUUGGUUUUCCAACCAGCUGAGGAGGGAGGUGGCGGAGCAAAGAAAAUGCUUGAUGUUGGAAUACUGGAGAAUGUUGAGGCGAUUUUCGGAUUGCAUGUAUCUUCUAGUUAUCCGUUUGGCGUGGUUGCCACAAGGCCCGGCCCCAUUAUGGCUGGCAGUGGUUUUUUCGAUGCGGUAAUUACAGGGAAAGGAGGUCAUGCGGCCAUUCCACAACAUGCUAUAGAUCCCAUUUUAGCCGCUUCAAACAUAAUUGUUAGUUUACAACAUCUUGUUUCUCGAGAAGCUGAUCCCUUGGAUUCACAGGUAGUCACUGUUACUAAAUUUCAAGGUGGUGGUGCAUUUAAUGUUAUUCCCAAUACAGUCACAAUCGGUGGAACUUUUAGGGCAUUUUCUAAAGAAAGUUUUAUACAGCUCAAACAGCGUAUAGAAGAGGUUAUCACCCUACAAGCUUCUGUACAAAGGUGCAAUGCAACUGUGAGCUUUAACACAAAUGAGAAGCCUUUCUACCCCGUGACGGUGAAUAAUGUAGAUUUGCACGGGCAUUUCCUGGAAGUAGCUGGGAAUAUGCUGGGUGGCAAGAACAUCAUAGAGAUGCAGCCGAUUAUGGGAGCAGAAGAUUUCUCGUUCUUUGCUGAGGCAAUCCCGGGAUACUUCUACUAUCUCGGGAUGAUAAAUGAGACUCAAGGACGACUGGAACCUGCCCAUUCGCCUUACUUCAAAGUAAAUGAAGAUGUACUUCCAUCUGGUGCUGCUUUACAUGUAUCAUUGGCUGUAACAUAUCUUCUUGAAUAUCAUUCUCAAGUGACAAGACAGAAGGGAAGUUCUCAUGAUGAACUUUAA